UGGAGAGAGGAAACUGUGCAUCUUGCAAGUGUAAAAUAUAUAAUAAUGAAGGAUCGAGUGGAGGUGAAAGAGGCUAUGGGAGAGGAAGACGGACAUGUGAAUCAAAUCGCGAAAGGAAAGGUAACUGGCAUUCGUACACAAAAGGAAGCCCGUAGAGAGGGAAGAGGAGGAAAAGAAUGUGGAAAAGCGAAUGUAGAAAAAGACACUGUUGGGGCCAUGAGAAAUUGAAACAGCAAGUGUUGAAGUUGGAGUCAUGUUAGA